AAGGAAUUUCUCUCAAAAGAAAAAAAGAAUGGGAGUACCGCUGUCGCCAGCCUGGCGCCCCGCCGCCUCCCCGUGGCGGAGACAUGGCUCACCUCGUCUCCGCCGCAACCCAUCUCCAUCCCCAAUUCCCCAUCGCGCGCUCUCUGUCUCUCUCUCUCUCUCUCUCUCUCCCAAACCCCGAAGCUGCAAUCUCUCCCUCUAGAGGUAGGGUUAGGGUGAUCCCAUGGCCGGCGCCGGUAUCCAUCCGUUCCACCAGCAGUGGCCUCCCGCGGCGGGUGCGCCGCCUCCGCCCGGGGCCCCGGCCGGCGCCGCUGUCCCGCCGCCUCCCCCUGUGCCCGGCGCCGCCGCCGCCGACGAGGUCCGCACCAUCUUCAUCACGGGGCUCCCCGUCGACGUCAAGGAGCGGGAGCUGCACAACCUGCUGCGCUGGCUCCCGGGCUUCGAGGCCUCCCAGAUCAACUUCAAGGGCGACCAGCCCAUGGGCUUCGCGCUCUUCUCCUCCGCGCACCACGCCGUCGCCGCCAAGGCCGCGCUCCAGGAUCUGGUGUUCGACGCGGAGUCCAAGGCCGCGCUGCACACCGAGAUGGCCAAGAAGAACCUCUUCGUCAAGAGAGGUGUGGGAGCUGAUGCAAAUGCUGUGGACCAAAGUAAACGCUUGCGAACUGGUGGAGACUAUACUCAUUGUCCUUACGCUCCUCCAUUUCAUCCACCCCCACCAGCUGUUUCCAUGUGGGGAACCGCAGGUUAUAUUGCAGCUCCGCCUCCUUACAACCCCUAUGCUGCCUAUCCAGUGCCCCCGGUAGCCAUGACUUCACCUUCUCCUGUACCAGGUCCAACUGCAUAUGCUCCUGUCCAGAACACAAAAGAUAAUCCUCCAUGCAACACCCUUUUUAUUGGUAAUCUCGGUGAAACUGUAGUCGAAGAGGAAUUGCGAAGUCUCUUCAGUGUGCAGCCUGGUUACAAACAAAUGAAACUAUUACGCCAAGACAGGAACACUGUUUGUUUUAUUGAAUUUGAGGAUGUGAAUGCUGCUACAGCUGUACACCAUACUUUGCAGGGUGCUGUUAUUCCUAGUUCUGGUCGUGGUGGAAUGCGAAUUCAAUUUUCGAAGAAUCCCUUUGGGCGAAGGAAGGAUUCAGCUGGGGGCCUUGCAGGCAUUCUGAAUGGAGCUCCUGCAAAUUGAUUGCUGCCUGAGGGGAUGUAUCUUGAACUUUAGCAUGCCAUCAUGGAUUUCAUACUACAUCCUAUUUAUUAUCUGCAUGUUUCUGCUAAAUGCUCUGUUUCUCAUGUGUGACAUUAUCAUCUUCAUUUGGUGGAGUUUCUGGGACAUGAUCAUCAUCUUCAUUAAGUGGAGUUUCUGGGACAUGAUCAUCAUCUGGUAGACAUUGCAUUGUCACCAAUACCAUCGUUGCUGGUGUUUGUCUUUAUACUUGUAGUUAGAGAAGGCCAUCCUGAAUAUCUCCUAGGUGUGUGCAUUUGGCAUUUAUCAUUGAUAUUCUGUAGUAUUAUGCAGUUCCCUGUACACAGUUGAAAUAUUUCAUGUGUCCAUGUCAUUGUCACUUUGCAAUCUGGACAUGUUGUAAUAGUUAAAGUUUCUUUGCUGGCUUACUAACAAUUUGGGAAGCUGGGAUGACUCAUACCAUCAUGUCAUGGCAUGUUCAUGAGGGAAGGACAGUUGAUAGACAUGACAUGGCAUACUCAUUCCAUGAAUUCUGGAGCAUUGCCUUAAUCCCCACGAAGCAUGCAACCAUCCAUUGUCGAUUAACUACGUUAAUUUGUUUAGCAUUGUUUUCCCUCCAGGCUAAGAGAGGCUAACAGUGACCAUAAAAAUUGAAAAUUGGUGCCAGUCUUCUCAUUUUUUCGCAGCAGAUGGUGGAAUGACUAAGUGUGGCUGCGGUUCUUUUGGUAAGAGAAGCUUAGUGAUGCUGACGAGAGGUAAGCGAAUGUGUGGAGGUUCUGCAAAGAAUGUUUUCAAGCUUUGACCUGGCCAUGAGUCAGCUGAUGGCGUUUCAUGACCUGACCCUGCAGCUUCACUCUAGCUAGUAGUUCUACUGUAUUAGCUUAAUUACAUUUCUAACUUAAUUGUUCGUUUGAAUCAUUAGCAAAUGUGAGAGGAUACAGAUACAGAUAGAUUUUAAAUGAACUAAAUCUUCUAAUUUGGAUUAAGUUCCAAAUUAUAAGGUUUCAGGCUUUGACCUGGCCAUGAAUCA